UUGUGCACUCCGCUUCCAUAAACACCAGUCACCAUGUCAGGACUAAACAUCUCCUUAGGCUAUUUUAUUAGCAUGGUGCUUCUGUGUGUAGCCACCAGGAUCCUAUUUACACGUUGGUGGAGGCGAUGGGAUUUCUUAGCAGAGUUUUUUGCGGCUUUUGCGAUCGCUGCCUGUCGACUGGAGGUGCAGACCAUUGCAGAGGUGGGCCAGUGGGCCAGCGGACUGGGUCGGGAUGUCACGCUCACCAUGCUUUUUGUUGCUCUGGUGGUCCAUGGUUCCAUUUUGGAGAGAUUCACCGGGAACCCGUCCGUCACACUAAUGCGGUUCCUGCAGCGUGACGCUGGCGUCCUAUCUGUCAUUUUGGGUGUCUCUGGACAGUUGCUCGGUGCCCAUCUUGCCCUGCUUCUAACCGAACUGUACUGGGGGAUGGAGCUAACAGACAUGCAUUUGAUUAAGAACCUGAUGGCAUCUGAGUGUACCCCAUCACUGAAGACCACACUGCUGCAGGGGACUUUUGCAGAAGCUGUGAGCGCAUUGGCUUUUCACCUGAUUGACCUCGGUCUACAGCACAGGUCACAGCUGCUGAGGGUUCCUCUUCUGGCUCUCACACUCUCUUUCCUCGCCCAUGUUGCAACUGAGUACACUGCUGGCUAUGCAAACCCCUCCAUUGCCUAUGCACUGACUUUCUCCUGCCCUGGGUUUAGCUUUUCACAAUAUGCCCUGGUCUAUUGGUUUGGGCCUCUCUUAGGUAUGACUCUCGCCCUGUUCCUGUAUAUGGGCCACAUACCACUGCUGUUCAGUAGGAAUCUGCUCUACACACAGAAGUCCCGUUUCCGCGUGCCAAAGGGAAAGAGCUCCGGAGAGAAAGAGAAGAAAACCAAGUGAAAGAAAGAGUCUGUGCACAACAAAAGAAUGAGCAUGUCACAAAGAGACAGAAAGGACGUACAGCUUUGGGGGUUUUUUUAUGACUUUCUUCCAUUUCUCUCCCUUUAAAAUCAGUAAAUAAGUUUUCAAGAAUCAGUAAAAUAUGUUUGUAUUAACAACUGUAAUAACAUUUGGAUGCAAAAAAGGAAAAAGUGGAUCCAAUAAACUCUUUUGG